AUGAAGACGAUUGCCUGCCCGCAUUGCACCUUCAUCAAUCCACCAAGUAAGGUGAAGUGCGGCGUUUGCCUUCGGCUGCUGCGGAAGCGCGAACGCACAGUGGACGACGCCUCACCCGCGACAGCCAGCAAAGGUCGGAAGGGGACUCCGUCACCGUCAUCCACUCCUCUGCAGCACGACUCUCCACCGACUGGCGACUCACAAAUACGAUGCGACACGACAAAGUCUCCGAUGCCGCUAGCCGCGCGAGAGAGCAGCACAGCGGCUAGUGCCCAAGCCGUUCAACCACCCGAUUCGGAGGCGAUGGCGGCCGCCCCUCCGCUGGUCCCGACACUGUUUUCCACGGCCUCUGGCAAGCCAGUGACGGUACGCCGAGAGUCUCUUCAAAAGGUGGCGGAGCGACUCGGCGACCUCGACUCCCCCGACAUGGAGGCGCGUGUCCCAACACUGUUCGAAACGGGAAGAGGAAAGGCGGUCACCGUGCGGAUAUGUUCACUGGACAAGGCAAAGGCAUCUAUGGAUGGUCUGGGAGCCGACGGUGCGCCUUCCACAAGCGCACCCACACUCUCUGCCGCACCCCGGGACGCGGAGGUGCGCGUGCCGACAGUACCGAUGCAGGCACCUGCUGAGCACUUGAAGCCAAGCUCGCUUUUAGACAAGGACGGUACCGCGGAUACGGCUGCCGUGCGCAGCACAGGGGCACCUCGGCAAACACCACGUGCGGAGGCUCCGUCAACGGGCUUGACAACAAGUACAUCUGAGUGCAGCCUUCGCGCCCUCGCCCCUCACGGCAUUGCGGGCCAGCGACGCGGCUUUGUGCCCCCGCAGCGGCGCCCCAGUGCGCAACCGCUCGCCAAGCUGGCACACGCGAUACCACUGGCCACGACCACUCGGCUUACUAUUUUGCGAUUUAAUCCGGAUGCGUGCACGUGCCGUAGCAUCACCCCGAGCCCAUCACUGUCGUCCAUCACAUCGCUAAUGUUCUCGUUCAAGGGCAGCGACUGCGGCAAGGUUCUGGCAGCCUUGCUGGGUGUGAGCGGCGCUGAAUCGGUGCAACCUUUCCACUGGCAUGCGAUGCUGCUCAGGCUUGGCGCCAGCCCGAAACACUGCACGAUCGAGUGGUGUCGCCACGCGCUCGUGUCGGCGAUGGCGCGGGUGCACUUCAUGACGAAAGACGCGUCUGGCGCGCUGUCGAGCGCCUUCUCCCCCGUCACGGUUCUUCUAUGCGUCAUGCAGAUGUACAACGCGGAGAUGGUGAACGGCGAGCGCCCGGCACUGCGGAAGAUAGUGGAAGGAGAUAUCUCCAGCGCCUCCUUGGUGGUGCUGUACAUGAGCUCUAUUAGUGAGGAGCGCAGCUCGCCGCACAUGCGCAUCGUGACCCUUUCCGACGGCAUUUACCAUCUCAAGGUGACGUGCGACGUCCCGCUAAGCAACUUGAUUCGUGAAGGGGUUCUGAAACCAGGGCAGAGGAUGGCCGUGUGCGGUGCCAAGUCCCUUCUGCACAGACAGUGCGCGCCGACGGAGUGCGAGGCACAGGUGGUCCUCAGCAUCAACUACAACUGCGUGCGAGCGGUGGCUCAGCAGACCCCGCUGGGUGUGUGUCACGGAGAGCCGCUGCCUUUGCCCUUGUCGCUUGUGCACCCGCUCGGUGGACUUGUGCCGGCGAUCGAAGGUGUGGUGGCGCGAACGCUGCCGUCGUUUUUUAUUUCAGAGGAAGCGAGGGAGAUGCCGGGCACCGCCGAUGGCGCACGUCUGGCGCGCAACCGCGUUUUUAAGACGGUGCGUAAUGCUCAUGCCCAGCUCCAGGUGAGCGACCGACUGCGCAGGGAGGCAGAGGCGCGGGCAGAUGGUGAGGCAGCCCAGUCGAAGUCGCUUUCGCGGGUGACCUCGCUGCUCAUUGUGAAGGACAAUGCCGAGGCUCUCGUGCAACAGUGGGAGACAGUGGACGAGCGUGUCCUGCUGACCGACGACGACGGUGGUGCCUCACUGCCGGUGGAGGGAAGCUGGGCCACGCUUUACGCGGUCAACCCCGCCAAGUCGCGCACCGCCGCGGCGCCGUUCACGCGCGCAAAGCUGUUCUUCUCUGCUCGUAAGCUGCACUAUGUCCCAUCCAAGAACUCACUUCAGCACCUGCGACGCAUUUGGAUGGACGCAGCAGACAACAACAACACCGCUGGGGUCGGCGACGUAGCUGAUGUGUGUGGCCUUUACAUGGGCAGUCACAGAAAUGAACAGGGCACGUUCGCGCUGCUGCUACUGCGCAACGACACGUAUGCACUCCUUCAGAUUCCGGCGCCGUCUGCGGGGCGGGCACUAUCGCUCCCAAUGCCCACGACAGAGCGGCUCUCGCUGGUGGUCCUGAACGCGACCUUUCUUACCGGCGAGGACUCCGUGGCCGGGUCUGACUGCUGCCGGCUCUUCGCCAACGAGUACACAGAAGUCCUCCAGCGAUCUAUACAGGCUAACCUGAAGGAGGCUUUGGAGACGGCCGCGCAACUUCGCGGGUUGGUCGAUGCUACUCCGCAAAAGUACGCCGCUCGGAAAGCAGAGGUGUUCCGGUGUCUUGACGAGGGCGAGCCGAGUGGCGGCUUGGGUCUCGGCUGUAGCACCGCCCUGACCAACCGUGACCCCCAAGGCGUUCCAGAAGUGCUACUGGACGUCUGGCGUGAUGCACCCCUUGCAAGCCCAAGUGCUGCAGCGUCAUCACCGGUGUCUGCACAGAGGGACGGGAGACUGCCGUACUAUCUGCGUCAAGAUAACGGCAGGGUGAGAGCCGGCAAGCUAAAUGGCGUACUGCUACUUUCGGCAGCUCUCCCCACUCCUGCCGCCCCAACUGCGGUGCAGGGCCCUUACAGCGCUACAACAAUCCACUCCGGUGUACGUGAGCCGCUUGUGCAGCCGGCGCGCUCAGUCGUUGGCGCUCGAAGCCGCCACUACGGCAAUAUAGCGGACUUGAUGUUUCUGUUCGACCCUCGUCUCAACCGGCGCGCGUGGCACCCGCUUACAGAACCUCUGCAGGCCACCCCCACCGAAGCCGUGCGGCAUGGUGAACGCUUCAAGCGUGCUCAGCUGUGCUGGCGCCUUUCGGCCGACUCGGCAGAUGACAUGACGUGCAAGGUGGAGGAGAGCAGCAUCCUCGGCACUGUUCUGGAGAGUGUGUGCCCUUUGCAGGAGCUGUGCUCCGUCAUUGCAGACGAACGGCAUAUCGACGUCUCGCUGGCGAGGAGUGAACGAGUUGUGCAGUGGCGGCGGCAGGAUUCGCUGUCGGUGUGGUGGCGGCUCUUUACCGAUUCGCGUGCUCUCGCCUCCCCCGCUGACUUGGAUGGCGCCUCCAGCGAGUAUCUGUGGUGGCUGCCUGCGGAGUGGACCGAGGCGAUGAGGACAGUGAACGUAAAGCUGCAAUGUGCCUUUUUUUACUUCUCCCUCAGCGGCGAGGUUCUGCGUCAUGUGCGUCUCAUCUCUGACUGCUGCAGUGUGGCGGAGCUUCCCUGCGACUAG